AUGGCACAAUUCCUUAACAAACUUAUCCCAACAGCACUUGCUAUUGGUACAGGUAUAUCAUUGAUCGACAGUUCAAUCUACAAUGUCGAUGGUGGACAGAGAGCAGUUAUCUUUGAUAGAAUAGCAGGAGUCAAGGAGAAGGUUGUUGGAGAAGGUACACACUUCAUCAUUCCAUGGCUGCAGAAGCCAUUCAUCUUUGACGUCAGAUCAACACCAAAGAAUAUCAAGUCAGAGACUGGUAGCAAGGACUUGCAGACAGUAAACAUAUCACUUAGAGUGUUGUUCAAACCAGAGAUUGAUAAGCUUCCAUGGAUUUACAGCAAGUUGGGCAUGGACUAUGACGAGAGAGUGUUGCCAUCAGUUGGAAAUGAGGUCUUGAAGUCUGUCGUCGCUCAGUACGAUGCUGGUGAGCUGAUCACACAAAGAGAGGCUGUCUCAAGAGAGAUUCGCGAGGCAUUGACAAAGAGAUCAAAGGAGUUCAACUUGUUGCUGGAUGAUGUAUCGAUCACUCAUCUCAGUUUCUCACAGGACUUUACUACAGCCAUUGAGUCAAAGCAAGUGGCACAACAAGAGGCCGAGCGAUCAAAGUAUAUUGUGUUGAAGAACGAACAGGAGAAGAAGGCUGCGAUCAUCAGAGCCGAGGGUGAGUCAGAGGCUGCAAAGCUGAUCAUUCAAGCCAUGGCCUCUGGUCCAGGUUUCAUUGAGCUUCGUCGUAUUGAGGCUUCCAAAGAGAUUGCCGAGACAUUGGCCAAGUCUGGAAAGGUUACUUACAUGCCAAACACUGGAAAUGUAUUGAUGAACAUGAAUGCCUCUGGAAAGUAA